UUUUUGCCCGCCCAAUUGCUGUGUGCUGCCAGUCCCUUUUCUCUUCCCGCACAGUCAAUUCCUAUCCCUUUCUUUUUUCUUCCUCACACGGUCCUCACGUGAAGACAAAAAAAAAUCCACAAUGACGCCAUCACCUUCAGAGGCUGUGGCCAAGGUUGCGCAGGCUGCGUCAGGCACCAACUCGUCGGCCAAGGCAGUCAAGAGGGAGUCCAACACGGCCAGAGUGCUGGGUGCAGGAUGUGCGGGAAUCGCAGAGCUCAUGGUCUUCCACCCCGUCGACACCACGGCGAAGCGAUUGAUGAGCAACAUUGGCAAGAUUGAGUCCGCAUCGCAUUUGAACAGGGUCGUCUUCAGGGACAUGGCCUCGGCCUCUGCCUCUGCCCGCUUCCUGUCUCUUUUCCCCGGUCUCGGAUACGCGGCAGCUUACAAGGUGCUCCAACGAGUGUACAAGUUUGGUGGUCAGCCUUUUGUUCGGGACUACCUCGCGCACAACCACGGCGACAGCUUCGACCGUACGUUUGGCAAGGGUAACGGCAAGGCGAUUAUGCACGCGACCGCAGGAUCACUCAUCGGCAUUGGUGAAAUCGUCCUCCUGCCUCUGGAUGUUCUCAAGAUCAAGCGACAAACAAACCCAGAGGCUUUCCGGGGCCGAGGACUGUUCAAAAUCGUCUCGGACGAGGGUUUUGGACUCUACCGUGGUUGGGGAUGGACAGCGGCACGUAACGCACCUGGAUCGUUCGCGCUGUUCGGUGGCUCCGCCGUUGCCAAGGAGUACUUCUACAAGCUCUCCGACUACAACUCGGCAACUUGGAUGCAGAACUUUGUCGCGUCGAUUGCAGGCGCUAGCGCAUCGCUCGUGGUGUCGGCGCCUCUGGACGUAAUCAAGACUCGCAUCCAGAACCGCAACUUUGAGAACCCCGAGAGCGGGUUCAGGAUCGUGUCCAACAUGAUGAAGCACGAGGGCUUCACGUCCUUCUUCAAGGGACUGACACCCAAGCUGCUGAUGACGGGCCCCAAGCUUGUCUUCUCCUUCUGGCUGGCGCAGACGCUGAUCCCUGCGUUUGGCAAGAUCAUGUAAUUAGUAGAGCGGGAUUUGAUUGUACUAUAUGGGAAGCGCGGGGCUACGGGUGCCUGGGACUGGGACUGGCAGGGCGGGCAGCGUCUAAUGCAACGACGCAUGUAGCGUAGGUGUCGACGGCGCACAUUUGCAGAGCAACUAGACAUUCUCCAUU